AUGUCUGCAGAAGAAUAUUUGAACCUCAGGCAACAAAUAUUGAACCUGGAGUUUGAACGAGAUGACUUGGUUCAAAGGGUUGAUGAGCUUAGAAAGCGCAAAAUUGAACUAAGUGGUGAGAAUCAAUUCAACCUGCAAGAUUACCUUCAAACAUGUCAAAUACUCCAAGAACAUUCCAAUCUCCCGUCAAUCGAUAUGGAAAAGCGGCUCCAUCUUGUCAAAAUGUUCUAUCCGCAUAUGGUUAUCUCUGAUGUUCAACAAGGGGCAGGGAUAUUUACAUUCACUUUAACUUUUAAAUACUAUUUGGAGUUCAAGGUAGCUGUUGAGUUUUCACAAGAGAGGGUUGUAAAUCUCGAAAUUGCAAAAUCGAAGCACUCAAUUGUGAGCGAAAUGGCAGAAAUAAACAAGUUAAUUAGGCUUGCUUGUGCCAAGAGAAACUUGUCGCUGUUCAUCUACGCAACUAAUUCAUAUAUCAAUUUAGCAAAGCGCAGAUUAACGCUCUGGACACAGCUAUUUGAUAGCCUUGGCGCGGAAUACAAUGUGAACGAUAUUUCUGCAAGUUUACAAAACGACAGACUAGCUGUGUUUGCUCGAUUUAAAAACUGCCAGAUUGUAAGUAUUUCCAAAGACGGCAAGCGGUUGACAAUCAAUUGGAAGAUUUCGUUUGACAGUGACGACGCCGAAUUUGUUGGCGAAUUCCAAUCCAAAUUGGAGUGCAUGUAUACUGAUGGCGAGACUAGCGUCGACCUUGACGACACAUUCAAUGUCUUGGUGAAGGUAGACGGCAUAGCAGGGGCUAUUAGUCAUCUUCUCAAAAACCUCUUGCACUAA